AUGGGGUUGCCACCUGCCACAACUAUUGUAUUUGUUGGAUUACCUGACGGUAUUAGUAUUGGACUGGAUACGUUUUUUUUGCAAUCUGGGCCUACGCUACACGGGAUUCGUUUAGUAGGACCCGGAGUGCAUACGUUACACUGGUCUCACGGCGGGCCCGUGGACAGUGUUGCUCGGCACGGGGUUUUUUUUAUUGGAGAGGAUGAGUCAGUUGUGAGUUGUCGCUGGGACGCGAACUCGGAAGAAAUGCAAGUGGAGCGGCACGUAUGCGGUCAGUGCGAAGAUGUGCCAACGUUAGAAGCGUUGCACAGGUACUACGAGGGUAUGUUGGAGUAUGAGCAGUUGCAACAGGCUUAUGGGAGCAACACUAGUGGAGGACAUCCCCGAGUUGAAGAGCUUGACGAGCACGGGGCUGCACCCAGCGACGUUAGAUUUACAUGGUCCCAGCAAACGGCCGAGAUCAUGGGCGAGGAUAUUGCUCGGGUUUUACCCCAGAAGAGUCAAAUAGGUAUGUUCUCGGCCGACUCGAUGAUAGCGACAACUGCAGAUGCUCGGGAAUUGGAUGCACAAUUGGGUCAUGAGUCAAAAGAAAAGACGGGCGAGUCGUUUGAAGUACUCAAUUUUGCCGAAAUUGAUCUUAAGACAGCCUGGAGACCUGGAGCAAUAGGUAUGCAACGGACAUUAGAUUACCUGGACCGCAGCUGGUGUUUGGAGAAGGUGAUUGGAACGACUGCUGGGUCAAUGCGAGGGUUUGUUGCAGAGCUGGAGCUUGCUUUUGCGAUUUUUGUCUUGUAUGGGAACGUAAGCUGUGCAGCGCAGUGGCGGCGGGCAGUGACAUUGUUAGUGUUCAGCGAGACAUAUGCAACAGGACCACACUCAGCAGCCUAUCUCGGAGUCAUGGAGGUUAUUGAGCGGCAGCUGCGGGUAAUGCCCUCCGAGUAUCUGACAGAGGUUGUGGGAGACAAGUACGUGAGAGGCAUGUUUGGAACCCUGGUGGAGGCUGUCUGUACUGGCGAGCCACCUGAGGACCGGUGGUUUUCAGGCGGGCCCGAGGGUGCUAGAUUGCGGUCAGUUGUGGAGGCAAUAGUCCGAUUGCUGGAGACCCGAUAUGGGCUGGAGGGUGUGGACGGCGGCGAAGACUUUUCCCCGCGGGACUGGAGGUGA